AUGAAGGAUGGCCACACCAACCUCUUCGACGACCCGUCGACCGGCGACAAGGUCACCCAGUACGCCGACGCGCACUCGACCCCCCUGCCCGCCCAUCUGACCGAGUACCACGCGCACAUGUGCCAGAGCCGCCCCGACGCCGAGAUGCUGAGCUCCGUCUUCCAGUCCAAGCUGCACUGCUUCCUGGCCCGCGCCCUCGGCGCCAAGCGAGUCCUCGAGAUCGGCGUCUACGUCGGCUACUCGCUCAUGCUCUGGGCCCAUGCCGUCGGGCCGGGUGGCUUUGUCACCGGCCUCGAGUACGACCCCCGUCUGGCCGAGCUGGCCGAGACCGCGGUCGCCAGGCAGGGAAUCAGCAAUACGGAGAUUAUAGUGGGCGACGGCGCCGAAACGUUGCCCAAGCUCCGGCCAAGCGCGCCCUACGACAUUGUCUUCCUCGACGCCGACAAGUCAGGCUACCCCAACUACUUGUCCGUGAUCCUGGCCAAUUCGCAGCCCGGAAGCACCGGCCGCCUCCUCCGACCGGGCGGUCUGAUUGUCGCCGACAACGUCCUCCGCGCGGGUCACGUUGCGGACCCGACGAGGACCGAUCGCCGCAUCAGCGACGAGAAGGUGUGGAACAGGAACAUUGAGGCUUUGCGCCAGUUCAAUGAUGAUGUCGCGCGGGAGACGAGGCUGGAGUCAGUCAUGCUGCCCUUGUGGGAUGGAGUCAGUCUCAUCAGACUGCUCGACUAG